AAUAUACACGAGAAUCAAAGAGGAGCCACUUGAGAAUAUAAAGUUCACAGUUUUUGUCUGCUCACCAAAUCAAACCAAUUUCUCCUGAGAGCCAAAGUUUUUUUUUUCUUGAUACCCACAAGAAACUCAUGCAACAUUUCUUCACCACCCACUAGCUAACUAACGACUUCCAUUGUUAUUAAUCUCUCUUAACUCCUCUGUUGAUUCUUCAUUUCCAAGAUUCACUCUCUAUCUUUUCACUUUUGUCACAAUGAGUUUCAAUUCUUCUUACAAUUUCACAUUUAAUGACGUUUUCUUCUCUUCUUCUUCUUCUUCUUCUUCCGGUGACCCUUUGGUUUCACGGAAGCUGUUUCUUUUGAGAGAUGUUCAGAUUCUUGAGCUCCUUAUUGCCCUUUUCGUCUUUGUCACUAUACAUUCCUUGCGCCAGAAGAAAUACCAAGGUCUUCCCGUGUGGCCGUUUCUCGGGAUGCUUCCCUCUCUAGCUUUUGCCCUUAGAAGAAACAUUUACGAGUGGCUAUCAGAUGUUCUCUGUCUUCAGAACGGAACUUUUCAGUUCAGAGGUCCUUGGUUUAGCAGCCUUAACAGCACUAUUACCUGCGACCCAAGAAACGUUGAGCAUCUCCUCAAGAACCGUUUCUCUGUCUUCCCUAAAGGUUCUUACUUUCGAGACAACCUCCGAGACCUCUUAGGAGAUGGGAUAUUCAACGCGGAUGACGAGACUUGGCAGAGGCAAAGGAAAACAGCGAGCAUCGAGUUUCAUUCAGCCAAAUUCAGACAGUUGACCACUCAAUCUUUGUUUGAGCUCGUUCACAAGAGGCUCUUACCUGUUCUCGAGACUUCGGUUAAGAGCUUGUCUCCUAUAGAUCUACAAGACGUCUUGUUGAGGCUAACGUUCGAUAACGUAUGUAUGAUUGCUUUUGGAGUCGAUCCAGGAUGUCUUGGUCCUGAUCAACCUGUGAUACCCUUUGCAAAAGCGUUUGAGGAUGCUACUGAAGCCGCGGUUGCGAGAUUCGUCAUGCCUACUUGCGUGUGGAAGUUUAUGAGGUAUCUUAAUUUAGGAACAGAGAAGAUGCUAAAGGAGUCAAUAAAGGGUGUAGAUGAUUUCGCUGAUGAAGUUAUCAGGACGAGGAAGAAAGAACUGUCUCUUGAGGGUGAAACUACGAAGAGAUCAGAUCUCUUAACGGUGUUUAUGGGUUUGAGAGAUGAGAAGGGAGAGAGUUUUUCAGACAAGUUUCUUCGUGAUAUCUGUGUGAACUUCAUACUUGCUGGGAGAGAUACUUCUUCGGUGGCUCUGAGCUGGUUCUUCUGGUUGAUAGAGAAGAAUCCGGAGGUGGAAGAGAAGAUCAUAGUGGAGCUAUGUAAGAUUCUGAGGCAGAGAGGUGACCAUGGAAAUGCAGAGAAGAGAGAUUAUGAACCUGUGUUUGGACCAGAAGAGAUUAAGAAGAUGGAUUAUCUACAAGCUGCUUUGUCUGAAGCUCUCAGAUUGUAUCCUUCAGUUCCCGUGGAUCACAAAGAGGUUCAAGAAGACGACGUAUUUCCUGAUGGAACAGUGUUGAAGAAGGGAGAAAAAGUUAUAUACGCGAUUUACGCAAUGGGUCGGAUGGAAGCUAUUUGGGGAAAAGACUGCCGUGAGUUUAGGCCAGAGAGGUGGCUAAGAGACGGACGGUUCAUGAGUGAGUCGGCAUAUAAAUUCACGGCCUUUAACGGCGGUCCACGCCUUUGUCUAGGCAAAGAUUUUGCCUACUAUCAGAUGAAAGCUACGGCGGCCUCAAUAGUUUACCGGUACAAUGUGAAGGUAGUGAAUGGUCACAAGGUGGAGCCGAAGUUAGCACUCACAAUGUACAUGAAACAUGGUUUGAUGGUGAAUUUGAUCAAAAGGAGUGUCUCCGAGAUAGAUCAAUACUGUGCCAAGUCUAUUAUUGAUGAGGGUUUUAUUAAUUAGUUGUUUUAAUGUUUGAGAUUUGUUAAUUGAUUAAGUUAAUGACCAUAAGAAGAUUGUGUGCUUCUUUUUGGUUUACUUGAAUUUUCCCAACUAUGUUUUUUUUUUCCUUUUUUCAACUUGGUUGUUAGAUGAUGGUGUGAUGUGUAUAUAUAUUAGUCUAUGGGUUUGUGUGUAUGUGCAAAUGGGGAGGAAGUUGAAUGGUUUAUAUAUAGACCAAUUAUGCGUCAUUGGUAGGAAAUUAGUUGGAGGGGCUUGUAAUAUGAUAGUAAUAAAUUUUUACUUGAAAAUUUAAAUAAAGUUAUUUGGCACAA